AUGAUCGCUCACCUUCACCAGAUAUUCUCCGAGAGGCUCGACACCAUGCAGUCCAUGGUAGAGAGGCUCCCGAGGGUAGCUCCCCCCAUCUGGAAGAGCAACCCCGACUCCUACGCCGACACUCUCUUAACGGAUGAGGUUACCUUGAUCGAGAUGCCCAGGAAGUUCUCCUUCCCCAGCAUAAAGGCGUAUGAUGGCACCACUGAUCCGGACGACCACGUCCCAAAGGGGUCGCGCGAAGCUACCAUGUGCAAAGGGUUCGGCUCCACCCUGACCGGACCCGCUCUGCAAUGGUAUAUCAACCUACCCUCUAGGUCCAUAGCUUCCUUCGCGGUUCUCAGCGACAAAUUCGUGGAGCAAUUCGCCAGCAGCAGGGACCUGGAAAAGACCUCCGACAGCCUCUACGAAAUCCUCCAGCACCGAGCAGAACCCCUGCGAGGCUACAUAGCCCGCUUCAAUCAAGAGAAGGUGGCUAUCUCCGAAUGCAGUAUCCCCACUGCUAUCUCUGCCUUCAAGAGAGGCAUGCUCCCCGACGGGGACCUCUAUAAGGAGCUAAACAAAUACCAGUGCAAAACCAUGGAAGACGUCCUAUCUCGAGCCUGGGCGCAGGUAAAAUGGGAGGAAGAUGUCGCCAGCCGCGCCAAGGUGCAACAGAAGCAAGAUCCCAAGACGAUCAGACCAGACCAAACCGAGCAAGACGAGAAACCCUCUCAAAGACCAACUAGGGACUCCGGAAAUCGAAACCGGGGCAGAUACCAGAAUCGGCCGAUCGAGAAGGUAGAAGGGAUGGCAGUGUCCACGUGGCCAGACAUCUCUCACCUCUUGGUCUCAACGCCGGAGCUGAUCAAUGUUCUGAGGCAGAUGGGCCAACAGGUCAAGUGGCCUCAGAAGAUGAAAGCAUCCGAUUCUUUCCGGAACCCUGGUUUCUGGGAGUUCCUUUCCGAGAAGGCCAAGAGCCAUCUAAGCAAGGAGACAGCGGGUAAGCCCACUGAAGCUGCUCCCGUCUCGCCACCGCAACAGGACCAAGUGAUCCAUGUCAUAUCGGGCGGUUCGGAAAUCAAAAGCCAUGCAGCCGCAAAGAAAAGCACCUGGAAUGCCAAGCACGACCUAGAAGAAGCCAAGCCAAAACGCCUGCUCCUAGGAACGGACGAAAUAAGGUUCACGGCCAAGGAGCAGGAGAAAGUUCUCACCCCGCAUCACGACUCUCUAGUCAUAUCGCUCACUGUAGCGAACUGCCUGGUAAAAAGGAUACUGUUAGAUAAUGGAAGCUCCGACAACAUCAUCUUCCAGGCCGCAUACAAGGACCUGGGGCUGGAGGAAAGCGCUCUAACUCGGAGGAUAACCCCCCUUAUAGGGUUCAGCGGGGAAGUCAAACAAACCGCCGGGGAAGUAACCCUCCCCGUAUACGCUGAAGGAGUCAACAUGUCAACCAAGUUCCUCGUUGUUGACUGUGACUCGUCUUACAACAUGAUCCUCCAACGGCCCUGGAUUGACGGCCCUGGAUUCACGGCAUGGGAGCCGUCCCUUCAACUCUUCACCAAAUGGUGCAAUUCCGUACACCCUGGGGCAUAA